AUGGUCGCUAGACUGGGUCGCCUCAUUUGUCAGCUAGUAUAGAUUUGGACGCCGUACGCUGCAUAUAAGAGGAGAGCGUUUCUGAGCAGAAACUUAAAAAAAAAAAAAAAAAAAGUCGAUCAUCAUGCAAAACUUGCGAUCUGCUGCUGUCCGUCUGCAAACGAAACUCUGUUGUCCAGUUUAUGCAGCAGCUCGAACGUUAACAUUGACCAACAACAGCUGUCAGCGUCAUCGGCAGCAACAGUCUGCUGUCAACUUCGCCGCACCGAUAUUUCAUAUGCCGGUACAAGCAACCGGCACGAUCAGAAACUGUUCAGGUUCAGACGCAAAAAUGGAGGACCAGAAAAUGUUGCAGGCCACGCUGAAGGAGAGCGAUCCCGAACUCGCUGCGAUCAUCAUAAAGGAGAAGCAGCGUCAACUGGAAGGUCUCGAGAUGAUUGCCAGCGAGAAUUUCACCUCGGUGGCUGUGCUGGAAAGUUUGGGCUCCUGCUUGACCAACAAAUACUCGGAGGGUUAUCCCGGCAAGCGCUACUAUGGCGGCAAUGAGUGCAUCGAUCAGAUUGAGCGAAUGGCUCAGUCGCGUGGCUUGGAGCUCUUUAACUUGGAUAGCAGCGAGUGGGGCGUCAAUGUGCAACCGUAUUCGGGUUCUCCGGCGAAUUUGGCUGCGUAUACGGGCGUGCUGCGACCACACGAUCGCAUUAUGGGCUUGGAUUUGCCCGAUGGUGGACAUUUGACGCAUGGCUUCUUUACGCCCAGCAAGAAAAUCUCAGCCACAUCGAUAUUCUUUGAGAGUAUGCCGUAUAAGGUUAAUGCGGUGACGGGCCUCAUUGACUAUGAUAAGCUCGCGGAGGCUGCUCGCACAUUCCGUCCCCAGAUCAUCAUUGCGGGCAUCUCGUGCUAUUCACGUCUGCUGGACUAUGGACGCUUCCGCAAGAUCUGUGACGAGGUCGGCGCCUAUCUAAUGGCCGAUAUGGCACACGUUGCCGGUCUCGUUGCCGCCGAGCAGAUACCCUCGCCAUUCCAAUACGCCGACAUUGUGACGACGACAACGCACAAAACGUUGCGUGGACCACGUGCCGGUGUCAUCUUCUUCCGCAAGGGUGUGCGCAGCACCAAGGCCAACGGUGACAAGAUCCUAUACGAUCUGGAGGAUCGCAUCAAUCAGGCCGUAUUCCCAGGUCUACAGGGUGGUCCGCAUAAUCAUCAAAUUGCUGGCAUUGCCACAGCAUUCAAGCAGGCGAAAUCCGUGCCGUUUAGGAACUAUCAGGCACAGAUCAUCAAGAAUGCGCAGACACUGUGCAAGGGUCUGAUCAAUUUGGGCUAUGAGGUGGCCACCGGCGGCACCGAUGUCCAUCUCGUUCUGGUCGAUUUACGCAAUAAGGGUUUGAGUGGCGCCCGGGCCGAACUGGUCCUCGAGGAGGUGGGCAUUGCUUGCAACAAGAAUACGGUGCCGGGUGAUAAGUCCGCACUGAAUCCGUCCGGCCUGCGCUUGGGCACACCGGCGUUGACCACACGUGGCCUGCUCGAGAAGGAUAUGCAGCAGGUGGUCGCCUUCAUUCAUGCAGCGCUCAACAUUGGCGUUGAGGCGGCUAAAGUCACUGGUGGUCCCAAAUUGACCGACUUCGCCAGGACCCUGGCCGAGAACAGCGAGAUCAAGCAGAAACUGGAGGAUCUUCACAAGUCCAUCGUCAAAUUCAGCACCAGCUUCCCACUGCCCGGCCUUGGUUCCCUGUAAAAAUUGCAAAGAUUGCAACAAAAAAACAAGCAACAACAGCCCAUUAUGUGAAUGGGAAUAUAUAUAUAUAUAUAACUUUGUUCUGAUUACUCAAAAAUAUUGUUUUCCAAUCUCCAGUAUGAAUAUAUAUGUCCGCAUUAAUAUAUCAAUUUCAUGAUUAAUCCUUAAUUAAGAUAUUAAAAACCCAAUUUUCUAAACAUUAAAAA